GAUCGUCCAAUAUGAAUAAGAGGAAUGAUGCUCUACCUGAAGAAAUUCUUACACUACUUGUGUACAAAGCUGCCGAAAUAGAAGGCCGCGAGUUUCUCGAAAUGGUUUUCAGCACUUCAGUUGGAAGAGUAUUAUUUAAUCACUACAGAAACAAUUUGACAUUACCUGAAGAUGUUGCUAGAGCAAAUGGACAUACCAUCUUGGGAGAUUUCCUUGAGGAUGUGAAUGAAAGGCUAUCAAAGGAAGUUUGCAGAGGAGACAACUAUGAAACCAUUGAUUGGUUAGAGCUUAAGUAUGCCGUGGACAAGAAAAUUUGUCUACCCAGUACUAAUGAUGCCCAAGCGGUAAGUUCUCCAGUUGAUGAUGUGAACCAGAGUGGCUACGAAGCAGAUGAUGAAGCAUCAUCGUUGCCAUCACCCGCUGACACUAACGCGAAUGGUAGCGAAAUGCAUGAUUCAGAACAUGGAGAUAUAGAGCAAAUUACAUCAGGUGAUUGUGAAGGUUCUUCUCCUUGA